AUGGUCAAGAAAGCUUCCUUGACGAAACGCAGUGCCGGCGAUGUCGCGACACCUCGACCAGGAGAGACCGUUGCCACUUCCGUCGACAGCACAUUGAGCCCUCGGACCUUUCGUCAGCACAAGUGGGCGAAACGCGUGGAUGACGCAGUGAUUGCGAUGGGCCAUGUGCAGCAGUCCCUCCAGCAACACACAGUCGAGGUAGACACCGUGAAGCGGGAGUUGGAGGAGCUUACGUACACUGCCGCCGCGCUCUGGGCAGCAAACCCAGACGAGCUCCCUGCGCAGUAUAGGGCCAAGCAACAGGCGUCGUCGCAACGGACGAGCAAUUCAGUCGGCAGUGCACCCCGAUCAGCCAACACCACUCCGACAAAGCGGUGCUCUGGAUCAGACAUCGCAUCGCUUUCCGCGAGCCCCGGCGGCGACGCUGUCAGUGGAAUCUCAGGAACGGGCCUCGAAAGUGUUGAGCAGACGCUGCUACAACUCACCCCAGCGCAGCGGGCAAAGGUGUCGGCAGCGCUCCAGUUACUCUUCUACGCACCCCCAAUCGCGUCAUCCGUGGAAGUCGUCAUGGACAGCACUGAUGCAGAUGUUGCCGGUGACCUGUCGUCCACGGUGGCAGAUCGUGCAGCUCAGGAAAAGUCAGCACCGCUGGCAAAGUCUGGAAAUGCCGAGAGCGCCGUCCCAGCGCCGUGUGCGGUAGUGUCUCCUGCGAUGGUGACUGCCAGCAACAGCAAAAUAUCGACUGCUGCGACUGGGCGGCGCAAUGGUAUCCCACUAGCACUCUUUCUCGCUAUGCAGGAACUGCAAACAAGGAGGAUCCAUCUAGAAGCGCAGCUAACAACGGCCGCCAACGCCACUGCCCAGCAGCUGGAAAGGUUUCAGCUGCUUCAGGAGGAGCUGAUGGUCUCGCAGUACGGCCUGGAAGCGGCACGGCGCGAUCCACAACAGGGGCUCCAACAGCAGCUGGCAGGUCAGCAAACACCAUCGGAAAGUAUCCCUACAUCAUCGUAA